ACGCGUUCCAUGUGCCGUUGGCUAGGGUUAGCCGUAAAUCGACGUUGAUUUUUUUCACACGUGGGUUAGUUAUUCGGAUUUGUACCUCAAGCAGAUUUCGGCGGUUCAAAAAUAGACAUCAGGGAUGGGCAGAAAGUUUGAUCCCACUACUAAGCAAAAACGUGGUCCUGGACGAAAGUCCAGAAAGCAAAAGGGAGCAGAAACAGAGAUUGGUAAAUUUUUGCAGGAUGACGAUGAUGUCCAGAAAAGACUCUCCCGACGAGGAAGAAAAAGGGCUGCCAAGCGCCUUUUAACGAAAAGUGUUCCACCAAAGAAAAAAAAAGAUGAAAUAAAAGAAGAUGUACCAGCGGUAAAGCCAAAGAAGGAAGGUAUAUCCAAAAAAGGCUUUAGUGAUGACAAUGCAUCAUGGCUAAGGCCAGUCAAACACAAAGAGCCUGGAUCAGAGGAAGAUUCCUUAGACUCUGAAGAUGAAGGUGAGGGUAAAGAUGAAUCUGAGGAAGAUAAACCAGAGAAUGGUGAAUCAGAGGCAGAAAUGGAUGAGGACGAAGAGGGUGAUGCAGAUGAAAUGGUGGAUGAUUAUGGAAUAGAUGAGGAAGAGAAUGAUGAAGAUAACAACCAGCAACUUUGGAGUGAUGACGACGAGAGCUCUGAAGAUGAAGUACACGAAGGCUCUGAUCUUCUGCCAAUUGAGCGAGCUGCUGAACGCCAUAAAAUACGUAAACAGUUAGAACAAGAGAAGGAAAAUGAAGAGGAUGACACACUUCAGUUAAAUAUUGAAGAAACAGAACGCUUCAUCUUGCCCAGUGGACAGGAGAUUGAGAAAGAGACUGCGCAACCUCCAGACCUUCAGAUGGUUUAUCAGCGAAUCAAGGAUAACAUAGAAGUUCUGGUAGAUUUUGCUACAAAAAGAGAGCCUGGAAAACAGAGGUCAGAUUAUCUGAACCUUCUCAAACAUGACUUGGCUAUUUAUUAUGGCUAUAAUACUUUUCUUGUUGAAAAGUUAAUGGACAUAUUCCCCAUGUCAGAGUUGAUAGAUUUUUUGGAAUCUAAUGAGGUUCAACGCCCAGUGACGAUUCGAACAAACACCCUGAAGACGAGGAGGAGGGAUUUAGCUCAGGCAUUGAUUAACAGAGGAGUUAAUUUAGAUCCCCUUGGGAAAUGGUCCAAAGUUGGACUAGUCAUCUUUGAUUCCUCUGUUCCAAUCGGUGCUACACCAGAGUAUCUGGCUGGGCAUUAUAUGCUACAAGGAGCAUCCAGUUUUCUCCCUGUUAUGGCUUUGGCUCCACAAGAGAAUGAGAAGGUAUUGGACAUGAGCUGUGCUCCAGGAGGCAAGACAAGCUAUAUUGCUCAGUUGAUGAAGAACACAGGUAUAAUUUUGGCUAAUGAUGCUAGUGCAGAACGACUGAAGAGUGUUGUUGGCAAUCUUCAUCGUCUAGGUGUCACAAAUAGCGUGGUCUGCAACUAUGAUGGAAGACAGUUCCCAAAGGUGAUGGGUGGCUUUGACAGAGUUCUGUUAGAUGCUCCUUGUAGUGGAACAGGAGUCAUUUCAAAAGACCCAGCUGUUAAAACUAGCAAGGAUGAAAAAGAUAUUCUCCGUUGUGCACACUUGCAGAAAGAGUUAAUCGUUUCAGCUAUAGACUCUUUGGAUGCCUCCUCAGAAACUGGAGGCUACCUUGUGUAUUGCACUUGCUCUAUUAUGGUAGAAGAAAAUGAGUGGGUUGUUGACUAUGCAUUGAAAAAGCGUAAUGUCAAACUGGUCCAAACUGGUCUAGAAUUUGGAAAAGAAGGUUUUACCAGGUUUAAAGAGCGACGUUUUCAUCCAUCACUUAAACUGACAAGACGCUUCUACCCCCACACUCAUAACAUGGAUGGGUUUUUUGUUGCCAAAUUAAAAAAAUUUUCUAAUACGAUUCCAAAGGUGAACACAGAAUCUGAGAACAUCCCUGCUGAAGAGGAAAAGACGGACUUAUCAGAAAAGGCUUCUUCUGUGACUUCUGGUGAAAACGUUAAAAAGGAUAAAAAUGCAGUCUCUACAUCAUCUGAAAAUCAAAAGAAAAAGAUCUCAGUAAAGGGAAAAAGUAUGAAGAAUACAGCCAGAGUCAAAGACAUAAAAAGUGUAUCAGCAAAGAGAAAAGAGACAAAGGAAAAGCCUAAGAAAGGGAAAUUGGUUAAAAACAAGUUAAAGAAAUUUAAGAUGCAGAAAGCCCGGAGUAAAGCACCUCAAUCUGCUGGCACAGUUUAAGUACAUUUAAAAUAAAAAAGGGAGCCAAUCCUCAUCUCUCUUCUCAUUUAAUGGACUCUAUCUUGAAUAUUUUUUGUUGUCUGACAAGCUAGUAAUAUAAAGCUGAAAUCAGGAUGGUUGAUCCACUUAACUACCCAAACUAGCUUGUUAUAACAGCCAGACCAGCAAUACGGAAAUCAUACUGAAAAUUGUCAAAAAAUGUUUUAUCAUCAAUUAAUCUGAAUGUUCUUUCUUUUAUUAGUAUAAGAAUAUAAUCUAAUAAGAUAUAACAGCUGAGAUGGAUGAGAAUAUUUCGUAUCAUGUGGCUGUUGCUUGGUUCUAUAAAAAGUAUUGCUGAAAAUUAUUACUGUUUGAACAAAAUGUUUUGGAAAAAAAUGUUUUAAAUGUUCUUGUAUUACCUGCAGAGUGGUAAAACAUUUUAUAUAAA